GGAGGUGAAGCAAUCCUUAAUUGGACUCCGCGUGUAAAUGGUCUUUCACCAGCUUCCUGUGGAUUUAUGUGAAGACAUGCAGGCAUCAAAGAAGACUUAAGAGCAGGCAGUAUAGGCUGCGAAGCAACAGCCCAGCUAUGUUCAGAGCAGUGUUUGGAAACAAGAAAGAUGGAGGAGGAAAAGGAGGAGAAAAAAAGAAUAAGGGACAUCCAGGUGGUGAGGUGUACACUCACAGCACCUUGCAGAGGGGAAGUGCCGGGCGUGCCAAACACUUCCGGGACCAUGACAGUGGCUACACUGAAAGCCCGGUAAAACCGAGGAAGAGACUGACCAAGGUUGCGUCCAUUUCUUUACCGUCCUCCCCGCUUCUCCCUCGCCAGGCCGACAUAGUUCCCUCCCAGUCGUGCAUCAAGUUCACAGGACGGGUAAGGAAGCUGGAGUUUGUGGAUGGCUCUUCCAACGCGAGAGAACCUCUUGUCUUUGCCUCGUGCCGUGGCAAGACAGACCACAGAGACCUCCACGUGGAGCCCCAGCCGGGCUCCUCCCUUUCUACCCAGGAACUGAUGACCAGACUAUGCUUCUUAUUGGGAGAAGCAACGCCCGGCACUGCUAGCUCUCCUAUGGAGGACAGGAGGGAAAAGAAGUGUGAUACCUCUGCCCAGGGGGGGAGUCCCAGCUCCACUCUUACCUGCAGCACUGCCUCCCCCUGUUCAGAGAGCCCCUCUUCCACCCUGAGCACUAGUGCUGGAGGCCAGCCUUUUCCCCAGCCUUUACCCUUACCUUCACCCCACUGCAGCUCCAGCACCAGCCCCAGUGGAACCCUCUCCAACUCCGUACCCAGUUCUGCUCCUGGACCCAUCACCAGGAGCAGCCCUGGGCCUCCUUCUCAAAGCCCCACCUCCACCCUGGGGAGCAAGGACAGUGGAAUCAUAGCAACCAUCACUAGUUCCUCUGAGAAUGAAGAGCGCGGCGCCUCUAGUGAGGUUCUGACUAGGAAUAAAAGCCCAGGGGGCGGUGCUGGUGUAAUGGGCCAUGCAAACGAGGACCGCCAUCCCGGGCCAACAAGGGACAACCUGACCACCCAACCAGAUGAGGCCUUACCUAGAACUGACAUCAUGGAGCCCAGGACUCCACCAGCACCGAAAAGACCCCUCCCACAGCACCACCUACACAGCACUUCCUCCCUUGUGAUGCCCCGUCCAAAUUCUGUGGCAGCAACCAGCUCCACUCGACUGGACGAUUUGAGUUAUCUGGACAACCACAGGGCUGCUGGACACAGGAGCUCCGUCCGCAAACACAACACAGCUGGACGCACAAAUGAUGACUCCAAAGGGAGAUUAGUGCCAUUCAAACAAGCUGACAUCAUGCUAAAACCGCUGCUGUUUGAAGUCCCCGGCAUCACCGCAGAGACACCUUUUGUUGGCCGGGAUUGGCUCUUCACACGUCUGGAGGAGGUCCUGAGAAAAACAAGCAGCUGUGAGGGCCGCGGUGCCGUCAUUGUGGGUAACGCAGGAUCCGGCAAGACUGCUAUCAUCUGGCGGUUGGUGACGCUCAGCUGUCAUGCCAUGCACACGCCACAGGGAGGUCCCAGCAUCCCUCACAGCCCCAGCACCUCCCCUAAAUGUGGGGAUAAGCAGGGAAAAGCCGCCUCCAAACCAGCUGAUUCCCAGCUUAACCAGAGUGCUGUUGCAGGAACAAGUGAUGCAGCACAGAGGAAGGAGGUUGUCAGAUGCCUAGCUGCCAAGGUGGUAGCCUAUCAUUUCUGCCAGGCUGACAACACCUACACCUGCCUGGUACCAGAGUUUGUGCACAGUGUCGCCGCCCUAUUGGCCAGAGCGCCACAGCUCGCCCCGUACAGGGAGCUGCUGGUACAAGAGCCUCACCUACAAAACACACUCAGCCUGCGAUCCUGCGUUCAAGACCCCAUUGCUGCCUUCCGAAAGGGCAUCCUGGAGCCCAUAGCCAGCCUGCGCAAGGAGCGCAGACUACCUGAAGAAGACUACAUCAUAUUGGUCGACAGCCUUAAUGAGGCAGAAUUCCAUAAACCAGACUAUGGGGACACCAUUGCCACUUUCAUUACCAAAAUAAUCUCAAAAUUUCCCAUCUGGCUGAAGUUGGUGGUCACGGUCAGGACAGGCCUGUUGGAAAUCACUACACUUCUUCCCUUCUCUGGCAUCUCUCUGGACAUCCUGCCAGACAGCAGUGAUCUGGGAGCUGACCUGAGUGACUACAUCCAUCACCGGGUCAGCAGCAGCACCCAGGUCGCCGCUAACGUCACCACACCCACAGGCUCGGCCCCUGAUCAGCUGCUCCUCAGCAAGUUCAGCAGCCACCUGUCAACACGGAGCAACGGCUCCAUCCUCUACCUUCAGCUGACCCUGGAUCUGUUUCACAAGGGGCACCUGGCUCUGAAAGGUGGAAACUACCUGGUGGUGCCUGUGUCGCUGUCAGAGGUGUACCUGCUGAUGUGUCACGUGAGCUUUCCGGAUAAAGAGGUCUUUGAACGGGUACUUCCGGUGCUAAAUGUGGCACUGGCGUCUCUGCACCCACUGACUGAUGAACAAAUGUUCAGGGCGCUGAAUGCAGGCAGUGUGAGGGGGGAGCUGGAGUGGAAAGACUUCCAGCUGAGAUUAGACAGCCUGGCUGGAUUUAUGGUGAGACGUAGGGAUGGCACCCGGAUGCUGUGUCAUCCCUCCUUCAGAGAGUGGCUGGUUUGGAGAGCAGAUGGAGAGAGCAGUGACUUUCUCUGUGAACCUAGGAGUGGCCACGCUCUCCUGGCCUUCAUGUUCUCCAGACAGGAGGGCAAACUGAACCGGCAGCAGACAAUGGAGCUGGGACACCACAUCCUCAAGGCUCACAUAUUCAAGGGUCUGAGUAAGAAGACAGGUGUGUCCUCCAGCGUUCUUCAGGCAAUGUGGGUGAACUGCAGUACAGACAGUCUGUCCGCUGCGCUGGCCUCCCUGAGGAACCUAUAUACACCUAACAUCAAGGUAAGUCGUCUGUUAAUGCUAGGUGGCGCUAGCGUGACCUGGUGUACAGAGGUGGUUGGACAUGCCCCAAUUCUGGCCGUCCACGCCCACCUGGGGCAUGUGGAGAUGGUAGCUCUGCUGCUUGAAAUGGGCGCGCCAGUAGAUGGGACUACUGACAGUGGCAUGACGCCCCUCUGUCUGGCCGUCGCUGCAGGACACGUCGACAUCGUCAGCCUGCUCUGCAAAAAAGGGGCCAAGGUGGGCCUUGCUGAUAAGACUAGCCAGUGUGCGCUGGUCCAUGCUGGGCUGAAGGGCCAUGCAGAAAUCAUCAACAUCUUGCUGGGCCAGGAUUGGGGAGCAGAUAUCCCCACUGACCCACAGCAGCACCACAGCAAUGAAACUGUGACUGGGAAAACACAGGCAGCACAGCAGGCGAUUACAGCCGCAGCUAGUGUGGGACACACACAGGUGGUGAAGAACUUGCUGGACUUGAAAGAUGAACAGCUGGCAGUGCAGAUGGACGCUCACGACUCUCUCUGGGGAGAAACGGUGCUGAGCGCGGCAGCAGGAAGAGGGAGGAUGGAGGUGUGCGCGUUCCUCCUGGAGCGGGGGGCAGGGCUGGAGAUACCCAACCGCAGGGGGAUGGUCCCGCUGCUUAGUGCCACCAAACAUGGACACACACAGAUUGUAGAGUUGCUGCUAAAGCAAGGUGCCGAUAUUAAUGCCACCGAAAAGCAGGGUCGCAAUGCACUGAUGCUGGCUGCCUCUGAGGGCCACGUGAGCACUGUUGAACUCCUGCUGUCAAAGGGUGCCUCUCUCUCCUCUGCCGAUCAGGAUGGGCUGACUGCACUUAGCUGGGCCUGUAUGAAGGGCCAGAAAGAUGCAGUGCAGCUUCUGGCAGAGGCAGGCGCAGACCUGAACCAACCAGACAGACAGGGACGGACUCCUCUUGACCUCUCUGCCCUUAACGGGGAUGCAGAUACAGUGCAUUGCCUGGUGGAACAUGGAGCGGUGCUGGAGAGAGCCGACAACAACAGUACCAGAGGUUCAGAUCGGACGACUGGCUGCCAGAAUCCGACUCUGGUGGCUUCGGUGCUUAAGAAAGGAUCCAAGAUGGGCUACAAAACGGCUCCACACGAUCGAUCAGGUCAUGCUACGUGGGCUAUGGCUUCCUCCAAACCAGACAUUCUCCUCAUCCUGCUGCAGAAGCUGAUGGAGGAAGGGAACAUGCUUUACAAGAAGGGACGUAUGAAGGAGGCAGGCCAGCGUUAUCAGUAUGCCCUGAGGAAGCUACCUCGUGAGGGGCAAGGAGAGGAGCUGAAAGGGCUCAAAGACCUGCGGGUCUCCCUCUUUCUAAACCUAUCCCGCUGCCGCAGGAAAACCAAUGAUUUUGGCAUAGCUGAAGAGUUUGCAACAAAAGCCCUGGAACUCAAACCCAGGUCUUAUGAAGCGUAUUAUGCCAGAGCGCGUGCCAAGAGGAGUAGCAGGCAGUUUGCUGCAGCGCUGGCAGACCUCCACGAAGCAGCACGACUCUCCCCGUCCAACCGGGAGAUCCGGCGCCUGCUGGUCCGGGUAGAGGAGGAAUGCAAACAUCAUCAGAAGGCAUCCAUCAACAACAUGGCACAGGGUUACAACAGGGACCCACACACCCACCACCAUCAAGCCGCAGAGGAGGAGGUCGACAUCUAUUCACAGGGAAGUCUAGAGAGGCAAGUCCCCGCAGAGCACACUGAUGUAGAGAAGGAGGAAGAGAAGGAGGAAGGCGAGGAGGCGAGCCUGCAGUGUGGGAAAAGUCCAGAAUUUUGGCCUCUGAAUCCGUACGGUCCAAACAGGACUCUCCCUGGAGGUUUGGCCUUUGGUCCAACAGAUCAGUUGCCAUGUUUCCCACAAGAGGAAUAUGUGCAGAACCAACUGUUUGUGGACAUGCCCGAGUCUGUUCCUGUGAUCAACAGGCAGACCCAGAACCAGGGACUCAGCAGGACUCAUCACCACUGCCACUCCCUCCAGUCAGGGAGCAGAGUUGGGGGCAGGCCUCUCUCUCUGUGUGGCCCCUCCAGUCCUCUGCCAGGCAGACACAUCUCCACCUCCCUAAGGCCUGCACCGGUGCUGGGUAUUGACAUCGGCCAUGGAUUAGCCAACGAACACUCUGGACACAGCCCGACUGAGCUCUAUCACCCCAUGUCCCCUAACAGCUCCUCCCCACCUGGGCCACUCCAGAUGUACCAGCCCCGACCCUCCGGCUUCUCCCGGGGCUCCGAGAGACUCUCCAGCCACUCUGGGGCUCUGGAUGGCCUGGCUCUCGCUCUGGGGUCUGGUAUGGAGGUUAGGAGGGAGGGUGGUGGAGGAGGAGGAGGAACAGCAGGCUCAAGGGGCUCCAGCUCCAGUCAGGCCUCCAGUGGGAACCUGUCAGACGGCGGCAGGCAGCAGGUGCCGGACGCCCCGUGCCCCAUCAAGAGCAGCGGUAGCUUCAAGUCCAAACCAGAGCUAAAGCCCCGACCCUUCAUGGGAGUAAUGGACAAAUCAGUGCGAGUCCAGGGCCAGCAGACCUCCGGCCUGAGCCGACAGGGACAGGGAGGAGGGCUGGAGAGUUUCAGUAUGUCAGUAAUGGAGUUUCAAGGGCUAAACAAUGAAUUCAAAUGCCCGUCAUUCCAGGAGCAGCUUUCUGUAAGUCAGGCCAACAGCCAGCAGCAGGGCCGGGAGUUUGGAGAGCGGCUCCACCAGCGAGAGGCUAGAGGCAACGCGUCCUCCCAGCUACGCUUCCCUGACGGGAGGCACAGACAGGCGAGUCUAACGAGAGACAACCCGGCUCUGCACAUGGCUCCGAUCAAACCCAAGCGCUCAUUUAUAGAGUCCAACGUCUGAAUAUAUUACUUUAUAAAAGCACAGACACAGGCUGUUUUCAAGAAACUAUGUCCCACAUAAGGUAGCAAGGGAGACUGGUUUGAGAACAGCUCCCUUCCCUGAGCCUGUUUUGUAGAGUUAUGCUGCUGCACUGCAUUUACAAUCUAGAACCAGUGUUCAACUCAGGCUACUAUGCUUUUGCUUACAUGUCUACAGCUACACUAGUGUAUUGAAGAAAACCAGACAUACCUUAAGUAGGGAUUUCAAAAAAUGAGUAGAAUAUUGUCUCAACUUUUAAUUUAUUAUAACAAAUAUAGAAAUCAGAGAAAGCUUUGUGCACAAAUAUAAAAAACCUCAUGCUAUUAGUUGCUGGAUAUGACCAUUUCUAUUGUCAAGUGUCUUUUAAAAAACAUUUAUAUUUGUACGGUGUACACUAUAUUUGCAGAUUAUAUAUUUCCCUGUAAGUGGUUAUCUGUCUGCAUUACAGGCUUCAAAAGAAAUUACUUUGUGUGCUUGAGAUUCUUUUUCUUGGUACAAUUUGAUUAAAAAAGGAGCUGUACAUGACAUUGUUGGAAAACUUCUUAUCAUAAUCUAAUAUUGAAUUGAUUGCUUCAAUACUUACAGUAUAUGCUAUUUAUUUUUGCAUAGCAGAGAACAUAUUCAUAUGAAAUGUUUACUGGUUUGUUUGGAGAGCGAGAGAGAGACAGAGAGAGACACGGAGAGAGCUUUUAUACAAGCAGCAGUUGAGGAUAGAAAAUCUUAAGAGACUUCGUACUUUGCUGUAUGUCCAUAGUUGUCAUAUACCCUUUUCAGAGUCAUACUACAGAUUACAGAAUGUUGCCACAUUAUUAUUGUGGUAUAAUAAAAUAUUAAUGGGUACCACAUUUCUACAUCUACUUCUUUCACUGUAUAAUCCAUAAAAUGUUGCCUAAGCUGUGUAUGGAUGGAUAAAAGGAUUCACAGUACAACCUAACUCUAAACUGACAUUUAACCACGCCAUCAGAAUAAAGUACUUGUAUAAAAA